AUGUUUGAUACUGAGAAAAGAACCGAAAAAUUAUUGGGAGCAGAUCCGUCGAUGCAUUUUCCAGAAGGCUUGGUAUUUCUCUGGAAAAAUAUUCGCAAAAAAGACGAUGACGAUGAUGAUGGCAAUGAUGUUCGUAGCCUUGGUCGUGGUCGUGAUGGUUCAUUCACCCGUUAUUCGAGUAGAAUUAUAAUUGUGCAGCAACGGUUCAGUAGCUAUUGUUGCAGCAGCAGUAGUAUAACCGUAUCCAUCUGGGGUGCAUGGCUCGAUGGUCUUAUGCUAAUUGCGCUGAACUGGCUUCCUUUAUCUCCGAUAUUCAUCACAUUGCUUGGUCCAAUUCCAAGAAGUGCGGGGUCUCGAGAGAGGCGUCUUUGUUGCAAUAUUCUCCUGGCGCUGAAGCGAGGCCCAGUGGUAACAGCUGUGCAGUCAAAAAAUUCACCAUCACUAUUGAUCCCGCCGACAGCAAGUAUUGUUCAUUCUCGAUUGGCGGUAGGACAGAGGGAACACUUAUCAAAAACAACAAAGUGUCACGACACGACAGGAGAAAACGCCUAA